AUGGGUCUAGCAUAUGGUGACACUCAACUUAUUGCCACCGGAUCAACACUUGCAGCCAUGGAAAUUCAUGCAGCUCCAAUGUGGUGGCAUUUGGGAGAGGGACAUAAGCUGUAUGAGGAAGAUUAUACCAGAGAGAACAAGGUGGUAAGUGUUUUGUGGGCUAACAAGAGAGAUAAUGUUGGCUAUGUGAAGGAACUUGUGGAGUGGACAAUGCCCAAUUUGAACAGGAAAUGUGUUGGAGAAGGCAUGGGUGAUGUGGAGGAGGAAUUUGGUCAAGGAAAACAUUGCUGGUUUGGCCAUUACUGCCAGUAA